UGUGUGCAGUCAUGUUCGCCAAGGAAUAACAACACGGUGAAGCCUGAAGGUGCACCACGGCUCGUUUCCAUGGACAACACGUCCAUCAUUACACAGCUUGCUAACCCCAAAGAGGAGGAGAGCGUUUGUUCGAGUCCCGACAAAGUCUCGCAGUCCAACAGCAGCCUGAAGAAGCACCGCAGUCGCAGCAUUUUCAGCCCCUUCUUCUGCUGCUUCCGCAACUACAAUGAGUACCGCGUGGAGCCGCCGCCCGCCAACAACAAGACGCGCGCCCUGCCGCCGCCCCCCGAGGAGAACGGCAGUCCUCCCAAGUGUGACCAGGUACAAGUUGCCCCCCUCCCUGCUCCUCCAGCCAAGUUCCUCCUGCCCGAGGUCAGUAUAGCAGACUAUGGCAGGAACUGCGUGGUGAUCGACCUGGACGAGACGCUCGUUCACAGCUCCUUUAAGCCCAUCAGCAAUGCCGACUUUGUGGUUCCCGUGGAGAUUGAUGGGACCGUUCAUCAGGUGUACGUGCUGAAGAGGCCGCACGUGGAUGAGUUCCUGCAGAAGAUGGGGGGGCUCUUUGAAUGUGUCCUCUUCACCGCCAGCCUCGCCAAGUACGCCGACCCCGUGGCGGACCUCCUGGACCGGUGGGGGGUGUUCCGCGCUCGUCUCUUCAGGGAAUCCUGUGUGUUCCACAGAGGAAACUAUGUCAAAGACCUCAGCCGGCUGGGCCGGGAGCUCAGCAAGGUCAUCAUCGUCGACAACUCGCCUGCCUCCUACAUUUUCCACCCCGAGAACGCCGUCCCGGUCCAGUCCUGGUUUGAUGACAUGGGCGACACGGAGCUGCUGGAGCUGCUCCCCAUCUUUGAGGACCUGAGUAAGGAGGAGGAUGUUUACAGCUUCUUACAGAGCCUGAAGAGCAGGUAGCAGCACACACCUCACCCCCCCGACC